AUGAAAACUACCAACAGCCAAGAUUUGCCUCUUUGUCUUUUCCCAGGAGGAAGCCACCCCAAAGUCGGAGGAGGAAGGAGAAAAAGGACUGUUUUCAGCCCAUCUCACGUCGAGCUCCUAAAAAAGUCCUUUGCAGAGAACCAGUACCCCGGAUACGAGACCAGGGAGGCGCUAGCGAGGUGCAUCGGAACUGAAGAAGAUCGUGUGCACGUCUGGUUUCAAAACAGAAGGGCCAGAACACCAAAGAGCAUUGGUUCCAGGAUAAGGAUCGGGAACCAUGCUGCAGCUCCUUAUAGCCGGAGUGAAAGAACCCGUCCAAGAAGCAGCCUGGACAGCAGCCCGAGAAGCAGUCCAGGAAACAGCCAAAAUAUUCAUAUGGAACAAUUUUAUCAGCCACACAACUUGCAUUACGUUGAAAGCAAUAGAGGAGCAGGGUUGUGGCAGCCACCUCUCAACAACACGCAAGCAGGAGAGUGUGCCCCGCAACAGCAGAGCUCCCUGGAAUGGAACCCUGCUUAUUACCAGCAAGCUGCUUUUUGUGGAACUGGGCUUUAUGAGACUUCUCAGGCGAGCAACUGCCCAGUUCCAUAUUACGGUGCGGAGAUGGUGAGGCAGCCUCCACCAUCAUCUGAUAACUUCUUCAUGGCAUCAAGCACUUAUACUCCCUGGUCUGCAACGGGGAAUUAUUCAGCUACAAAUCCUGUACAAAUGCAGAAUGUUGAUGGAAGUGCUUCGGACUCUCAGUUUUUCUCUUUAAGUCAGGUUCCAGAUUAGCAUCCCAAUUCCUUCCUUGCUAUCCUGUACAUAUUUUCCAAGCUCCCUCUUUUAAUGCCUUUUAAUGUAUGACUUUGAUGUUUUGAAUAAAGUUUGUUCUUUUA